AUGGCGGCAGCCACGAAAGACAAAUGGGCCGACAUGGACAAUGAGGACGAUGACUUGGGUCCUGUGGGAUGGGUUUUAGAGGAAAUAAUGGCCAUCAAGUCUAAAGAAGAGGCGGAAGCCGCUAAGAAAGCUGUCAAGGAGCCAGUGGAGGACAGGAAGGUGGAGCCUGAAACGGUGCUGGACAUCAUGAUCUUCUUUGAACAGGCGGAGAGGCAAGCAAGAGAGGAGGCAAGGAUGAUGGAGGAUGUGGACGCCCUGCUGGAGCUGGUUGUGGGGGAAACCCUGGGGAUUGAAGAAGUGCCCACCAAGGCGGCCAAGCUGCCAGGGGACAACAGCGACAAAAGCUGUGCCAGCCCCGCGGGUGUGCUGAGCCAGCCACCCUCCACAGACGGCAGCCCACCCUCUUCUGGAGACUGCACCCCGCCCACCCCGGCCCGCUCAUCCCCAGCGAAGACACUCGACCUGCUCACAGCCGUCAAGGCAGCGGUGCACGCACACAGAGAGCAGCACUGCGCCACAUCAGCCGGUGACAGCACAGCUUCUGACAGCUGCCAGCUUCGCAGCAGGAGCCGGUCAAGAAGCCGCAGCCUCCAGGUAUCUCUUGCAGGCUCGCAGCCCAGCGGCCAGCGGCAGUCAGGGGACCUUCCCAGCGUCCCACAGAGUGCCAGCCCAGAUGCAGCAGAGCUGUGCAGGUCAUUGCGGCGGGCUCAAGCUACCCUGCUGGCCACUGCCUGGAGUGGCUCUGCGCGCCUGCCAGCAGAGCUCAGACAGCACUCCAAUGUCCAUGCUAGAGUGAGCCACAGCACAUGCUGCAUGCCCAGCAACGCAGCUGCUGUCGCAGCUGCAGCCCAGCAGCGCAGCGCUCAAUGCCAGAAGGUUGCUCCAGAGCCGGCCUGCCAGUCAAUAUCAGUGCAGGCUGCGGCCGGCAGCGCUGCUAGAGCAAGUGUCAGAGCAGCCAUGCAGAGCAGGGCAGCUUUUGCCAGCAGGCGGGCGGCCCCAUCGGAUGCCUGCCCACAGCCCAAGAAGAAGAAGACCCUGCUGCAGAAGAUUGGGGGUAUUGGCAAGGCAUUUGUGUACUCUCUCUGCAUCUACCCGAGGCAGUGGGAUGGGAGCGUGGAAUAUUACUCCGGGGCAGUGCACACUACUACCACACAAAGCAGAACGAUAAUGUGUUGA